GCGUCGUUCACCGUGGUGAUCCCAGCGCUAAACGAAGAGACGCGCGUGCGCGAAGCCAUCGCGAGCGCGCGCGCGAACGCGAGCGCGCGCGUGAUCGUCGUUGACGGCGGAAGCACCGAUGCCACCGUGCGCGUGGCGCGGAAGCACGGGGCGAGCGUGGUGAGGAGCGAGCGAGGACGAGGGAGACAGAUGAACGCGGGGGCGGCGGCGGCGGCGGCGACGGGGACGCGAGACGCGAGCGAUGUGUUGGUGUUUCUGCACGCCGAUAGCACGCUACCGACUGGGUACGGGGAGUUAAUAACGCGCGCGUUGGCGAAACGCGUGACUGGACGAUCGCGCGAGUGGGGGGCGUUCGAAUUUAAGAUGGGCGGCGAGCGAGAGGACGAAGGGUUCGCUCGAACGUGCACUCGGCGCGCAAUCGAAUUCGGGACGAAUGCGCGGUGUAGACUGUUUAGAAUGCCUUACGGUGAUCAGGCUUUGGUUAUGCGACGAGAAACGUUUGACAGCGUCGGAGGGUUCGAUGAGCUACCGUUUAUGGAGGACUACAUCAUGGCGCGAAAGUUGCGGCGACGCGGCGCGCCGGCGCUAUUUAGCGCCCCCGUGACGACGAGCGGCAGGCGAUGGGACGAGCGAGGAUUCAGUAAAGUGACUCUGAUGAAUCAAGUAAUUAUAUUAGGUUAUCACAUCGGCGUGCCCAUGGAAAAGCUCGCGGAAUGGUACAAGAAA